CAACGUUUCUAAAAGAAAGAAAAUAACAUGAGCUCUCAAAUUAUAUUUUUGUAAUGUCAUUAAAAUAUAUAUAUAACCGUCAUUGUGAAUAAAAACCGCCGAAGUAUUUUAAUAACCGGCAAUCUGUCUCACUACCGCUACACAUGUCUCUCAACCCUGACAUUGGCAAAAUCGUCGCGCAAAACGACGGAGCCAUAGACACAAAAGUUGAAGUUGAAGUUGAGCACAAUAUUGAGGUUUAGUGGUUGCUUGGCCUUGGUUUAAAUUCGAUUAAUCUUGUUUAUAUGUAUACGCAUUAAAUUCAAAUGUUAAUUUGACGUGAUUACUAAAUAAAGUACAAGGAACCAGCUAACAUAGAUAACUAUGAACGUUAAUGUAAAGAGACAGGCAAUAGUAAGUCAAUAUUUUUCUGUACGACACUUGAAAGAGCGAAUGUGGAGGGAAAUGUGGAGAAAAAUAACAUCGGCGGCAUAAAGGUCUCAACUAAUCAUAUUCAGGAUGUGCUUAAAAACACUAGGUCAGAUAUACCAAGAAUAAACGGACGUGUUUGAUAAGACUUAUGAGAGUGGAGGAAGUGGAAGAGGUAUGUCAGGAGUGUAGCGAGUGAAGGCCUACUCCAGUGGGAGGUACACGUACAGUAGAAAAAAAUGAAAUCUUUAUGCUAUGUGACCUUAGGCGGUUCUGUGGUCUACCAACUCAUUUACAUAAAGAAGGACUUCACUGGGUACUAUGAUCAAGUGCUUCAACCAAUAAGUCAAAAGAUCAACCCAGAGUGGGCUCAUAAAAUUGGUGUUUCUGCUAUCAAGUAUGGAUUUUUCCCACCUCAAACUUACAAAGAUCCUGAAGUUUUAAAGACUAAACUUCUUAACUUUGACUUAAGCAAUCCGCUAGGUGUAGCUGCAGGUUUUGAUAAACAUGGUGAUGCUGUAAUAGGACUCAGGGACCUGGGCUUCUCUAUUGUGGAAAUUGGUUCUGUGACUCCAGUUCCUCAAUCAGGCAACCCAAAACCACGAGUAUUUAGAUUACCAGAAGACAAAGCAGUCAUUAACAGAUAUGGAUUUAACAGUGAAGGCCAUGAAGAAGUGUAUAAGAAAAUACAAAAUAUUGACAAAGCAGUUUUUGAUAAAGGUCUUUUAGGCAUUAAUUUAGGAAAGAAUAAAUUAUCAGACAAUGCUGUUGAAGACUAUACUUUAGGAAUAAAAAAGUUUUCUGAUGUUGCUGAUUAUUUUGUGGUUAAUAUUAGCAGCCCAAAUACUCCAGGUCUCAGAUCACUACAGAAAAAAGAAGACUUGCAACAGUUACUGACAGAAAUAAAUAAAGUUAUGGAAUCAACAAAAACAGAAAAGAAAAUUCCAUUGCUCCUAAAACUUUCUCCAGAUCUCACUGAAGAAGAAAUGAAAGAUAUUGUAUCAGUUAUAACAAAAAAACAAAGCAAAGUGGAUGGUCUAAUAAUAUCUAAUACAACUAUAGAUAGAACUGGACUUGUAAAUCAAGAGUUUUCUGCAGAGAGUGGUGGUCUUAGUGGUAAGCCAUUGACAAAUAAGUCGACAGAAAUGAUUAAGAAGAUCUACAAAAUGACAAAAGGAAAAAUACCUAUCAUAGGUGUAGGAGGCAUAUUUACUGGACAAGAUGCAUAUGAGAAGAUUCUAGCUGGUGCCAGUGCAGUGCAAGUAUAUACUGCCUUUAUUUACCAUGGUCCCCCAGUGGUAACCAAGAUAAAAACAGAAUUAGCUGAACUAUUGGAAAGCAAUGGAUAUAAAAGUGUCAAUGAAGCUGUGGGCAAAGGAGUAAAGUAACUAAGACAUUCUGGUUGUUAAAAUAUUGUUUCUUUUUUAUUAUUUUUAUAAUACUGAUAGUAUA